AUGGCGACUGGCGGUGGAACGCUGCGAAUGGAGAUCCGGUGGACUAUUCAGCAUGGGGGUUCACUGAGCCGAAUGGCGGAGAUGGAGAAAACUGUAUGGAGUUCUCUCCAGACGGGAAAUGGAACGACUGGCCUUGCAACGGCCUCAGACUCUUCAUCUGUGAAGGCGCCUUCUGUCUACACCUACGUUCCUAUCGAUCUUUCGUACUCAGCAGCGACUGUCUACUGUCGUGAAAGAGGGGCUCACCUCGCAACAGCGGAGACCAGGGAAGAAUUAAGUGUUCUGUACGCGAUUUGGCAACAAGCCCCAGGGGGAGCAUGUGCAGGUUGUAGACUUUGGUUGGGAGCAGACGACAUCGCACAAAAUGGCGACUGGCGUUGGAACGCUGCGAAUGGAGAUCCGGUGGAGUAUUCAGCAUGGAAGUUAACUGAGCCGAAUGGCGGAGAUAGUGAAAACUGUAUGGAGUUCUUUCCAGACGAGACAUGGAACGACCGGACUUGUAGCACCCUCAGACACUUCAUCUGUGAAGGUGACUUUGAACAUCUGGAACCAAAAUUGAGUGGAACAGCAGCCGCAGACAUCCUGGAGAUGUCAGAGCAGCAAGUCACCUGUUCUCAAUCUCCUCCUGCUGUCUACACUUACGUUCAUAUCGCUCUUACGUACUCAGAAGCGACAGAAUACUGCCGAGCAAACGGGACUCACCUGGCAACAGCGGAGACCAUGAAAGGAUUAAGUAUUUUGUACGCAUUUUGGAAGCAAAUACCAGGGGCAGGUACCAGGCUUUGGAUGGGAGCAGACGACAUCGCACAAAAUGGCGACUGGCGUUGGACAGCUGCGGAUGGAGAUCCGGUGGACUAUUAUAACUGGAGGUUAGAUGAACCAAAUGGCGGAGAUAGAGAAAAUUGUAUGGAGCUGUAUACAGAUGGGGGAUGGAACGACCUGCUUUGCAGUCGCCUCAAACACUUCAUCUGUGAAGGGUAG